AUGACUCGAUUGAAGUACCACGGUGUUUCGCUCUGCUUUUACCGUUUUAACUCCUUCACCACCGCCAAAAUGAUUAUCUUCGAGGACAUUCUCUCCGGAGACGAGCUUCUCUCCGAUACCUUCAAGAUCCAGACGACCGAGGAUGGCAUGUUCUACCAGACUGACUGCCGCAAGUACCUCAAGAAGACCAACGAGGAUUUCGAGCUCGAGGGUGCCAACCCCUCCGCUGAGGAUGGUGGCGACGAGGAUGGUGAUGGCAGUGAGGUCAUGGUCCACGAUAUCGAGGACCAGUUCCGUCUCGUCUGGCUCAAGACCGAGGAGGGCCUGAAGCCUUCCAAGGAAGCCUUCAAGUCUCACCUUAAGGUCUACGCCAAGAAGCUCCUCGCCAAGCUCCAGGAAUCCGGCAACAAGGAGGCCGUCGAUCAGUUCAAGGCCGGUGCCGGUGCUGCUGUCAAGAAGAUCCUUGCCAACUACGACAACUACGAUAUCCUCAUGGGCCAGUCCAUGGACGGUGAUGCCAUGCACGUCCUCAUUGACUUCCGCGAGGACGGCGUUACUCCCUUCGCUACUCUCUGGAAGCACGGCCUGAAGGAGAACAAGGUCUAA